CGCGGGCGCAGGCGCAGUGGACGCUCGCUCGCCCUGUCUCUCGGACGCUGUGAGUAGAGGAGCCAGCCCCCGAGCGAGGGCGGAACCUGGAUGAAAUGAAGCUGUUUGGAAAAUUUUCCAGGCAGUUGUGUUGCUUCAAGAAAUUCCCAUCAUCAUGUGACUCCAGAUACUUUUGGACCUGGUUGAAUACGGUGUUUAAUAAAGUGGAUCAUGAGCGCAUCAAAGAGGUUGGCCCUGAUAGGGCGGCUUCUGAGUGGCUGCUACGCUGUGGGGCCAUGGUGCGCUACCACGGCCAGGGGAGGUGGCAGAAGAACUACAACAGCCUCCCAUCAGGCUCGCUGGACAAGUACAAGAUUCAGGCUAUCGAUGCCACUGACUCUUGUAUCAUGAGCAUUGGCUUUGAACACCUGGAGGGCCUCCAACAUGUUGAGAAAAUAAGGUUGUGCAAGUGUCAUUACAUCGAAGAUGAAUGUUUGGAGAAACUUAGUCAAUUCAAAAAUCUACAAAAAAGCAUUUUGGAAAUGGAAAUAAUUUCAUGUGGGAAUGUCACAGACAAAGGUGUCAUUGCUCUGCAUCAUUUAAGAAACCUCGAAUAUUUAUUGUUAAGUGAUCUUCCUGGAAUAAGAGAAAAAGAAAACCUUGUUCAAGCCUUUAAGACAGCACUGCCUUCUCUAGAACUUAAAUUAGACCUAGAGUAAAAUCAUAGUACUCACUGAGUAUCUACUUUUAAUAUAAAGUAUCACUGGAAACUUUGAUCCUAAAUAGUAACAAAUCAACAUUAUCAAAAAAGCUAUAAGAGUGUCCUAUUAUGACAUUUUAGAAACAAAAUCAUAUAUAGAAAAUUAAUAUUCAGAUAUGAUUCAUUAAAAAAUGCUAAGUUGGAAGUGACGAUUGAUGUUCAUUUAGUCAUUUUAAGGAAAAAAAUGCAAACCAAGUAGCAGUUUAAUUCUAAUAUAUUCCUCAUCAUACACACACACACACACACACACACACACACACACACACACACACACACACACACAUACACAUAUAAAAUCUGUGGGCCUGCAUGCAGCCAUGCAGUGCUCAGGCAAGGAAGCCUCCCCACCGUUCUUGGGUUCUCUGCCAAACAGGAUGGUGGUUCAGUGUGAGGGCCCAGUGCUGCACUGUGGCCUGGGCCUGGCCGUGCUGUGCUGAGGAUUAGCAGGCCGUCCCACUGGUGCUCGGUGGUCUCCAGGGCUGGAUCUGACAAUGUUUGGGGGACCAGAUGGUGCUGGGAACAAACGACCGCCUGCAUGCAAGGCAUGCACCUUACCCCCAUACUAUCUUUCCAGCCUUCUAUUGUAAUUUAAAAAUUAUUUGUUACACUUUUGUUACUGAAGCAUGUUACUAUAAAUGAGAAAUUUAUGAAAAAUUGAAACUUCAAUCUCAAAUUCACUAGUAGAAUUAAAGUAGUCAGUGGUUGUUGAGAUAUACCAGGAUAUGUAUGCAUUACUCAAAAAUCCUAAAUUCCUACAUUCUAUAACAUAUUUCCUUUCUCAAAAUACUUUCUAAUUUAUUUUGUAUAGCCUAGUAUUCUAGCUUGCCGGGCUCUCCAAGAGUACCCCGCCCGCAUGGGCAGAGCCUGGCAAGCUACCCGUGGCAUAUUUGAUAUGCCAAAAAACAGUAACGAUUGGUCUCAUUCCCCUGACCCUGAAAGAGCCUCCAAUCAUUGGGAAAGACGAGUAAGGAGAGGCUGCUAAAAUCUCAGGGCUGGGAGGAAUAGAGACGUUACUGGUGUCCGCUCAAGUAAAUUGCAGAACAAUGGGAUGACAGU